AUAUUUAAUGGCACAAUCUUUAACCAAUUAGAAUAGAGUAAAUUGACUAAACGAUAUUAAAAUAUUUAAAUCCUGCUUGACCACAUGAUGCAACGACGAAUCAGAAACGAAGCAGCAGGUACGUUAAUGGUAUCAACAGCUGCUGUACCAACAAGUCAUUUUAAUUUCAAAUUUCCUUAAUUCCUCACAAACUUUGCAGUGCAUAUACAAUGGCGUGUAUAAGAAAAACUACGGUUUUCUGCGUUUUAUUUCUUGUUCUUUACGUCGUAUUUUCCCAAGUAGAAGCGAAUGAGUGCUCUUCUCACUUUCAUUGUUCGGGCUUAAAGUAUUGCUGCGACAGAAAGUAUCCUGAAGACAAUGUAUGUCGGUACAGUUGCAUUGGUCAGUCUUGUAUCUUCAAUAACGACUGUGCCCCGGGUGAAUCUUGUUGUGAUUCUGAUGAGAAAUGUGCCACAACCUGUGUUGGAAAAUCGUGUACCUUUGAUGGCAACUGUGCUACUGGAGAAUGUUGUGACUCUGAUGGCAAAUGUAAUACAGGAGACUGCGAUGUGAUUGAAGGUCUAGCUGGUUGGAUUGUAGCAGUGAUUGUUAUCAGUGUCAUUAUUGUUAUUGUCAUACCUAUUGCAGUUGUCGUGUUUUGCUGUUUUUGUGCGGCUGGUGCGGCAGCAGUCUCAAGACGUCCUGCUCAUGGUGGUGUUGUAGUAACACAACCUACAACUACAGGAACUACAGUCUUUGCAACCCAGCAACAACGACAAUACCCUGCACAACAAGGACAACCAAUGUAUUUUCAAAACCCUCAACCAUAUCCCAACCAACCCCCACCACAAUAUCAACCUCAAGGCACAGUGUACCCACCAGGGGCAAGUGCAUGGUCAACCAAUGGCAAUGACACAAACCUUGAAGUAAAUCAAUAAGAACUGAAACUGAUUUAAAGAGCACAGUGGACAGGCACUCGCUUCCAUGCAUGUAAUAGGAUUACCUAAACUUUAAUUAUAGUAGAUAAGGACGUAGACAUGGUCGGACUACUCAUAGAACAUCUUAGAAACUGAAAUAAAGCAAUAUAUAGAACUGAAAGUGAUUCUGCAAGUGCAGACAGAUGCACUCGCUUCAAUAAAAUAGGUUUAAAACUCAGUUACCCAAACUUUAAGUUCAAAGACACUGGACAUAGACAUGUAGACACGGUCAGGCAUCGUUUACUCGACACUUUCGAUUGUAAAUGCGUAGUAGUAUUUCAUUAAAUAUUUUUAGAUCAACUAAAUAGUCUAAAACGACUGUUAUCGCAUCUUUUCUCAGAUUGCAAAUUUGCGCAUCAAUCACAAGCGCUGAAAUAAAUCCUUUAUUUUCGCCGGUUCACCUAACACUAGCCAUACCCCCAAGUCGAUUUCUCGUCCUUUUGGUCAUGUGUAGUCUAUAAC